AUGCCUCCUGGAAGCCUCCCUGAUGAAGUGUUCCGGGAGUACAAGAUACACAGCAAGAAAAAAUUAUCACAGUUGUAUCAGAAGGAGUUAUACAGAGUCCAGAGUUUCCCCCGCACAUAUCCUCGGAACAAAGCAAUAGUGUGGCGACUGAUUGCCAUCGAAGAAGACAGGAGGAUACAACUGACCUUUGAUGAAAGGUUUGGCCUUGAAGAACCUGAAGAUAACAUAUGCAAAUAUGACUUUGUAGAAAUUGAAGAACCCCUCGAUGGUACAAUUCUAGGCCGCUGGUGUGGAACCAAGCCAGCCACUGGGAAACAGAUAUCUAAAGGCAACCAGAUUAGGAUACGAUUCGUAUCGGAUGAAUAUUUUCCCUCAGAGCCUGGAUUCUGCAUUUAUUACUCCCUCCUUCCCCUGACAUUCCCUGAGCCUCAAAGCCCUUCUUUGCAUCCACCUUCCAUGCAAACCAUAGACAUGCUCGAUGACGUGGUCUCAUACUUUAACACGCUGGAAGAGGUCAUCAAAUACCUUGAACCCGACAGAUGGCAGCUGGAUAUGGAAGACUUACAUAAGUCAACGUGGCAUGUGGUUGGAAAAUCAUUUAUUCACCACAGAAAAUCCAGAGUGGUGGAUCUGAACCUCCUGAAGGAAGAGGUGAGGCUGUUUAGCUGCACGCCACGCAAUUACUCUGUCUCCCUAAGAGAAGAACUGAAGCGGACAGACACGAUCUUCUGGCCUAGUUGCCUGCUGGUCAAGCGAUGUGGAGGUAACUGUGCCUGCUGUGCUCACAGCUGCUAUGACUGCCAGUGUACUGCCACCAAAGUCACCAAAAAAUAUCAUGAGGUUCUCCAACUGAGACCAAAAAAUGGUGGAAAAGGAUGGCAAAAAUCGAUGACAGAUGUCCCAUUGGAACAUCACGAGGAGUGCGAUUGUGUGUGCAGCAGCAGCAGCAGCAGCAGUCCUGAUGGAUAAAAGAACACAAUUCAAAGUUUUCACUAAAGCACAAUCAAAUGGUAUUGAGCUCUUAGGGUACAACUUUUCAGUUCCCCCCCUUUUAUCUCCAGUAUCACGUGGGGGGGGGGAUUUUUAAAUGAAUGAAGUACUGGGAAAUGCUGACUCCGUUGGCCGGGAUUUUGGACAUAUGGAUGGCACUUUGUGUUCCUAAGGAGAGCAUUGUUUUAUCUUGAAAUUUGUGAAAGCGAGAGUAAAUCACAAAUGGAAAUGAGAAAGAAGGGAUUGCUCACAAUUUCUCCUAAGAAAUCUUGUUGAAGUGUGGAUUAUAAGACAAGCCGUCAACAUUCUUAAGAGGAAUAACAUUUUUGGAACUCUCGUUUUUGCUUUUAAACUUAUGCUGCCAGCACUGGACCUGUACUCCCCACAGACCUCUGUGUUUAGGAAAGUUCUUUUUUUUUUAAUAUGAUCUUAUUAUAUAUAUAUUUUUUUGGGGGGGGAGGGGGUUGGUCUACUUUUUCAAAAAUAUUCUUCUGUAUAUUAAAAACAAAGCAUUUUGCUUUUGUCGUCUAUCCUACUCCUUUAACAUAACUGUAGAUUUUAUUGAACUGCAAAUGAUUCAAUCCGUUUCGUCCUA